AUGCAAGCAUGCCAUUUUCUUUUGGGAAGGCCGUGGCAAUAUGACAGAGCUGCUAUUUGUGAUGGCCGAGCCAACACAUAUGCGGUUCAAAGUGAAGGUAAGAGUCUCAUACUCAAGCCUUUGUCACCAAAUCAAGUGAUAGAAGAUUAUCGUCGGAUGAAGGAGUUGAAGGAAGUGGCUAAAGGUAAGGCUAGUGUUGUGGUCGAUCCUAAGUCUACAUCACCACCACCGGGUAAUGAAAAGGUAUGUGCAAUCAUGCAACCGAGAGAGUACUUCAAAGGUAACAAUGAAAACAAAAUGAUGAUUUGUUUAAUGCAUAAAGGUAUUCUCUUGAGUGAUUAUGAUGAUUUGUCUAAUGCUAAUCAAUUUCCAAGUUUUGUUGAGAAUCUUUUCCAGGAUUUUAUGGACGUAUUUCCUGAAGAGAUGCCAAGCGGACUGCCUCCCUUCGGAGGAAUUGAGCAUGAAAUAGAUUUUGUGCCCGAAUCCCAAAAUCCAAACAAGCCAGCCUAUAGGUGUAAUCCGGAAGACACCAAGGAACUCCAAAGGCAGGUUGAUUAG